AUGCGAUUCUUGCAUUCCUAAUGUUGUGACCUAUAGGACUUUGCUUUGUGGGUGUUUGAAGAAAAGACAGCUCGGUAGGUGCAAGAGAAUUCUUAGUAUGAUGAUCACAGAAGGUCGUAUUCCAAGCCCUCAGAUAUUUAGUUCUCUUGUACAUGCUUAUUGUAGGUCCGGAGAUUACUCUUAUGCUCAUAAGUUACUUAAGAAAAUGGUAAGAUGUGAGUGCCAGACAGGCUACGUGGUUUACAAUAUCUUGAUUGAUGGUAUAUGUGGAAACAAGGAAUUACCAAGCCCAAAUAAGUUAGAUUUGUCUGAAAAAGCUUAUGGUGAGAUGCUUGAUGCAGGGGUUAUGCUAAGUAAGGUCAAUGUGAGCAAUUUUGCAUGGUGUCUUUGCGGUGCCGGAAAAUUUGAGAAAGCCUAUAAGGUUGUCAGCGAAAUGAUGAACAGGGGUUUUGUUCCUGACACUAAUACGUAUGCUAAUGUUAUUGGCUUUUUGUGUAAUGCCUCCAAGGUAGAACAAGCAUUUUUGUUGUUUAAAGAAAUGAAAAGGAAUAGUAUUGUUCCUGAUGUCUAUACCUAUACUAUUUUAAUUGAUAGUUUUUGUAAAGCUGGUCUUAUUGAACAAUCUCAGAGCUGGUUUAAUGAAAUGAUACAAAAUGGUUGUGCUCCAAACGUGGUGACAUAUACUGCUCUUAUACAUGCAUACCUUAAAGCAAAGAAGGUCUCUGGUGCUGAUCAACUCUUUGAGAUGAUGUUGACUGAAGGUUGCAGUCCUAAUGUUAUUACUUAUACUGCUUUAAUUGAUGGUCAUUGUAAAGCUGGUAGAAUUGAAAAGGCUUGCCAGAUAUAUGAGAGAAUGAGAGGUAAUGUGGACGUCCCUGAUGUUGAUGUGGGGCUUUGGUGGAUGGUUUAUGCAAAGCACACAAGGUUAAAGAGGCCCGUGAUUUAUUGCAUGCUAUAUGGAUUUUGCAAGUAUGGGAAGCUAGAUGAAGCACAAGAGGUGUUUGCUAAGAUGUCAGAGCAAGGGUACAGUCCAAAUGUGUAUACGUACAGUUCUUUGAUUGAUAGGUUGUUUAAGGAUAAAAGACUGGAUCUCGCUUCAAAAGUCUUGUCCAAAAUGUUAGAACACUCAUGUGCACCAAAUGUUGUUAUCUACACAGAGAUGAUUGAUGCCCUGUGUAAAGUUGGAAAAACAGAUGAAGCCUAUAAGCUUAUGCUGAUGAUGGAAGAAAAGGGGUGUUAUCCGAAUGUUGUGACUUAUACCGCAAUGAUAGAUGGCUUUGGGAAAGCAGCUCAUAAGCUUUUGGAUGAAAUGAAACAAACACAUUGGCCUAAGCAUAUGGUAGGCUACCGUAAUGCUGGAAGGUUGGAAGUGGCUCUUGAGCUGCUUAAAGAGAUUUCGUCAUCUUCACCAUUUACAUCUGUGAACAAGAAUAUGUACACUUCAUUGAUUGAGAGUCUUUCACAUGCAAAUAAGGUUGGUAAGGCACUGGAGAUGUUUGCAGACAUGAUGAGGCAUGGUGGUUUUCCAGAGCUGGAUACAUUCUUUCAUCUUAUUAAAGGGCUUAUUAAAGCUAACAAUUGGGAUGAAGCUCUUCAACUACAGAUAGCAUAUGCCACAUGGAUAUCCAUUGGCAUAUGCAAGAAGAGACAUCUGACAGAAAUUAGUGUGUUUUCUAGACCAUCAUUGUUUGUUACUCAUGCACCAUCUGAUGACUCACUGGACCUGGUGACCUGGUUGACGGUUCUGUUGAGGAGUGGAGCGCAUUUCUAUCAGAGUCCGUGUGCAAGUAUAUGCAACAUGAGGAUGCGAAUGACUGUUGCUUGCUUAAUGAAGUGA